AUGCUUCUUGACACAUUUAUACCAAUGCCUCGUCUUAUACUUGUGGUUGCUUUGCUACUCUCAAAUGCUGAAAGUAAACCAACAGCAAAAUCAAAGGAAAGUAUUGAAGACUUCCACUUGAAUCUGUACAAGUCUGUGGUCGCCGCAAAAUCAGACGACAAUGUAUUUCUUUCACCUUACUCGAUCAGUCUCGCUCUUGCCAUGGUUGCUGAAGGUGCACGAGACAAAACAGAGAAAGAACUUCUCAAUCUUCUACAAAUUCCAUCUCGUGAUAAAUUAAAUCCAUUAGCUAAGCAGCUGAUGAGCAUUAGCCGUCUACCUGAAAUCAAAUUGGCUAAUCGACUCUAUCCAGAUGAAAGUUUUCCGAUUCUACCUGCUUUCAAAAAACGAUUACAAAAGCUUUAUAACAGUACACUAGUAUCCGUUGAUCUUAAUGCAAAAGAUGUUACGUCUGCUAUCAACGAAAUCAAUGCAUGGGUGUCUAAUCAAACUAAUGGUCAUAUAAAGAAGGCACUAGACAAAAAUGAUCUAGCUAGAAAUACAUCUGCCGUAAUGAAUGCUCUUCUGAUGAUCAAUUGUCUAUUAUUUGAUGCAAAAUGGCAACGCGAAUUUCAAGGACAAAACACCAGAGAUGGCAACACAUUUUAUCCUGAUGUAGGUCCACCACAAGAGAAAAAACUCACCUUAAUGACGCGAAAUGGUCUCUUUCCUUACGUUGAUUUAACAUCAGAAAUUGGUGCUCGAAUGAUUCAUUUACCAUUUGAAAAAAAAGAUCUUACCUUUACUAUUAUUCUACCAAAUGAAAAUACUACAUUAUCUCAAGUUGAAUCAAAGCUCAAUUCAGUAUUACUCAAUUCACCAACUACUACUGAUCAUAAUGUAUUUAUUUCGAUACCAAAAUGGAAACUUGAAUUCGAAAAACUGAAACCUGGUGACUACGCAUAA